AUUGUACGCACCUUCUGAAAAACAGAUCUGCACACGCCUAUGCUACACAGGCUAAAUGCAACUGUGUUUACCUUAAUUUAUACGCCUACCAUUUGGUCAAACCGUGUACAUUUUUAUUCUUUUAUAUAGGGAUAUUUUGGCUUAUCUUUUAUCAUGUUAUCAGUCUAAAUUUUCGACCCGCAAGUUUUAGGAGAGUUAUCACUACAUACGGCAUGAUCCUACUAUCCAACUGGCACUUGCAAAUCAGACUGUAUUUGUCAUUAAUUAGUAGUAAAGAAUGAAUUCUUCGAUCGAAAGCAAUUCAAUUUUCAUCAGGAUGGUACUAUUUGAAUUUUACCUAUUUUAAAGUCAACAACUGAUUUAAUAUAAUUGUUAUAAAAAUUACAAGGCGUUUGUAUGGAAAGUAUAUUCAAAAAACUUCAAAAUACUAAACUUCCGGCCAUUCAAAAUUGUUUGUUCAUAAAUUAAGAAGUUGUACAAGCUGUCAUUUACAUCUACCUAUCUAUAGUUACGAUGUCCUAUGCAAAAGCUCUUUCGAAGAAUCUUGUAAAACCGUCUGUAGAGUUUAAAACCUUACCAAAUGAAAAAAUAUUAUUCAUAAUUGAUUCUUUUGCCUUAACCAAAUUGGAUAUUGAUUUUAGUCCUACCAAUUUAGAAUCAAUGUCUAGCUUGGCUAUUAUUCAAAGAGCGUGCAGAUUUUUUGCAUUGCAAAAAAAUCGUUACCAAAAUAAUUCUUUUGCAAUUUGUAUAUUAACUCCACAUUCUUAUAAAUUUAUAUUAGAUUUUACAUCAAACAUCAAUAUCAUCGUUGAAAAAUUAUCAUCCAUAUUGAUUCAAAAUGAAAAACCUGAAGAAGUUGCUGCAUAUGAUUUUGGCCCUUUACUAAAAUUUGUUGCGGAGUUGAGAAAUAUGCAUAAAGAUAGUGUAUUUAGAGUUAUUAUGACUUACAAUAGAGAUGACUGUUUACCUAUUAUAGAGUCUUUGGAUAAAAAUACAUACAGCAUAUUUUGUUCUCCGACAUUUUACUUCGAUACCGUUUACAUCUGUGAAAACAAUAUAGAUAAUGAUGAGAUGGCUCAAACUAUUUAUGGUAUGUUGGCUCUGUUAUGUAAUACUUGGUCUUAUAAAGUUUGUGUUCAGCGGAAACCAAUAGCUAUAAUAAAUGGAAUAGCUUCACUAUUACCUCAUCCCCAUGCAAGAGAACUGACUUCAAAAUGAAAAUAGUACUAUUAAAAAUAAUGUUAAUUUUUAUGUAUAAGUAUAUAUUUUUUAAACCAAUCCUGAUU